AUGGGCGUCGUGCCCAGCGAGCCUUGGCGGUCAUGCAAUGUGAGCACGUACGUCGUUCAUCCGCCGCAGACCGACGCAGAGCUCGCAGCCAAUGCGACAAGAAAUGCCGACGGCAACCUAUACCCGCCCAGCUAUGUGCCCCAACAAGCGAAUGUUGCCAAGAGGGCAAAGGCCGGCUUCAUCGUCCUGGCGAGGAACCGAGAGCUCGAAGAUCUCAAGGGCAGCAUACGCGACGUUGAAUACCGAUUCAAUCACAAGUAUGGCUAUCCGUGGAUCUUCCUCAACGACCAGCCCUUUUCCAAAGAGUUCAAGGCCGGCGUGCGGAAGCUUACGCGGAGUGAGGUCCGCUUCGGCCAAGUGCCCCAUGAGCAUUGGAGCUAUCCGCCCUACGUGGACCAGGUCAAGGCUGCCAAGGCACGAAAGGAGAUGGGGAAAAAGGGCAUGCCGUAUGGCGACUCCGAGUCUUACCGGCACAUGUGUCGCUACCAAUCUGGUUUCUUCUUUCGUCACCCACUCACCCUGGACCUCGACUACUACUGGCGCGUCGAGCCGGGCAUCAAGCUCCAUUGCGACAUUGAUUACGAUCCUUUCCUGUUCAUGCAGCUCAACAACAAGACGUACGGCUUCACGAUUGCCGGCCGCGAGUUCAUCGACACUGUGCCUACUCUUUGGGAGACGACGAGAGACUUCAUCACCCAACAUCCCUUCUAUAUCCCCAAGUCCAACGCCGAUCACUUUCUCUUUGACACCGAGCAGCGUAUUUGGAACACGUGUCACUUCUGGAGCAACUUUGAGAUUGGCGACCUUCGCUUCUGGCGUUCGCAGCGGUAUCUCGACUACUUCAACUAUCUCGAUCGCGCCGGUGGCUUCUUCUACGAGCGCUGGGGCGACGCGCCCGUCCACUCCAUCGCUGCGGCCCUCUUCUUGGAGAAGGACCAGAUCCACCACUUUGACGACAUUGGCUAUACCCACCACCCAUGGACCCACUGCCCCAAGCACCAAGACUAUCACAACUCGGGCCGGUGCGACUGUGACACGUCCAACACCUUUGACCGUCAUGACUUCUCCUGCCUGGCCGAGUGGUACAGGGGUGCGACAGAGAAGGUUCCAACGCACGUCGUCCCUUGA